AUGUCAUUCAAGGGCAGAAUUUUGAUCCAGGCCAGUAGGGCGAAGUUUAUUGAGAACAUGAGGAUUGAAUCAGUCGCCGAAAGUGUGCACGAGCUCUCGGUGACUGAACUCCAGUCUAAACUCGACAUGUUGGAAAACCACUGGAACAUGUUUGACGCCUUACAUCUCAAGCUACUGACAGCCAAGGACAACGAGGAGGUUCUCGAUCAUGCCUACGUGAAGGAGGAGGUGUAUGAUAAGUGUCUCGGGAUGUACUCCGCUGCUCGAACUACGUUCAUGGGACUCAUCAAGGGGUUGGAUGAGUCAAUUGACCUAUCUGAGUCGUUUCGUCGUCCAUCAGUGGUUUCUCAGUCGGCGCAAGUGACUCAUAGGCAAUUGCCUAAAAUCUCUCUCCCGACUUUCUCAGGAAACUUCUCGGAGUGGACUCCAUACAAGGAUCUCUUCCUCUCAAUGGUGGUUGGGAAUCCCGCUCUCUCGACCGUGGAGAAAUUCCACUAUUUGCUCACUUCUCUCACUGGCGAGGCUAAGCAGCUCAUGUCUACCUUGCCAGUAACCCAAGACUCUUUCAUGCCAGCUUGGAACACUCUCUUGGCCGGGUACGACAACAAGAGGUUGCUCAUCUCCACCCAGUUGGAGAAGCUUUUCUCUGCUCCAAAAGUAAUCAACCGCUCAGCCAGGGAAUACAACGCACUUCUCAACUCUGUAGCUGAAGCGUUGAAUGCUUUGGAGUCUCUCGGACGUCCUGUCAAGCAGUGGGAUGAUCUGCUCGUUCAUCUCAUUACAAGUCGACUGGAUUCCAAAACGCUGGAGGAUUGGGAGAUCGAAAUAGGCUCGUCAACGGAGUUCCCCACUUAUGCAGCGCUCAAGGAAUUCGUUCUCAGCAGAGCCAAAGCCAGGGAGAGGAUUGAAAUGCACGCUUCUCAACCUCAAUCAGCCACCUCUCGAACUGUCUCGUCGAAUUCUCAACAGGCAUCGAAGCCCAGGCCAGUCAAG